CUCGUGACGCGGGCCAUGCGAUGCGGUGUGUCCCUAGACUCCACGUGUCCAAAAUCUGUCUCUGGACCCUCUAAAUUUCGCCACGUUUCUCUGAAGCGCCACGUGGAGUUCAUGCAUAUAUCAACACUUAACACCCACCCUACCUUCCAUUCCAUUCUCACGGUCAAAGGAAAAGAAAACCGUUUUACGUUGAAAAUGCGAAGCACGAAGGUUGUGUUAUUGUUGGUGCUGUUUUUCACGGUGUGUGUGGGAACGUGCAGGCCUUGGGUUGAAGAUGCCAAAACCAAAGCAGAGGGGGCCAAGCAGUUUGCAGGAGAAGACAAGUUCUCUAAAAGUUUCGGGGCUGAAGAUGCUGCCAAAAGGACCACAGGGACAAUGAAAUCUGCAGCAACGGGAGCUUCUGAGUAUGCUUCUGAAAAGGCUACGGAUGCUAAAGAAGCAAUUUCAGGAGCCAUGGCACAUGGAAGGGACAAAACAUAUGAGGCUUACGAAGGAGCUGCUAAGGUCAUCAAAAUGCCAACCGAUAGUAUUAAUGAUGUAAAAGACAAAAUGGGAGAAACCGUGGCAGAUACCUACGAGGAUGCUAAGCAAAGAAUGUACACGGCUUCAGAUAAGGCUUCAAGUAUGGCUCACAAUGCCAAAGAUAACAUGGCUGAGUCCAUAGGACAAGGAUAUGACCUGGGUAAGGAGAAAAUAAACAUGGCAUCAGAAAAAUUCUACGAUGCCAAGGAAAAAGCAAGUGAUGUUUAUGAUGAAUCUAGGCAUAAAAUAAGUGACACGGUUUCGGAUAAUGCUAAUGAUGCUUCAGAGAGAAUUUAUGAUGUGAAAAAUAAAGUGAAAGGAGCAAUGCAUUGUGGAGGACACAAGGCCGUUGAUGCCUUUGAUGAAGCCAUGGAGCGAAUGACUGUGGCUGGGGAUAAGGCCAAUGAUGCUAAAGAAAAAAUGGGUGUGAGAAUAAUAUAUGGAAGGGACAAAGUAGCCGAAACUUUUGACCAGGCUCAACAUGAUUUGGCCGAAGCAUACGCAUCAGCAAAGAAUAUAAUGACUGAAGAGGCCAAAACUAAGUACGAGGCUGCAAAGGAAAAGGCUUCGGAUGCCACAGGAGAUAUUGGAGCUAAGAUGAGGAACACUCCAAACGUGUAAAAAGGGCAUGGUUAGUUUACCACUUACUCUUAACUAUAAGAACCUCUAUAUAUUGGUUUUUUAGUUCUACCUUCCACAAGUUUUUGUACCUAUUAUGCUUUCUUUUAAUGCAUUAGGGUACCUGUUUUUAUAUGCCUUUUCUAUAAUAGUGAUACAAAACUACUUGUAAUUACUAGCUAGUUGGACAUUAUGAAAACGAGAACACAACUCUAUUCUCCUUAAUGUUAAGGAGAAAAACCUGAAAGUUGUGGGGACAUUGCAGCCUGUGUAGGAUAUGUAUACGUAAUUGUAACAUUUUGCAGUUAGUGAGACAAUUGAUAUAAAUUGUUGGUCCCCUUUAGUUUACUAA